AUGAAGUCCAGCUUGAUGCUUCUAAGUAGCGGAUCAAAGCGUUCCGUUGAAAGAGUCUUCUCUAUCAAUCUCUGCUCAUCUUUAAAAUUAAUUUAUUCAUUCUCAUCAAUUUGUAAUCGCAAUUUUAAUGCCAAGCUCGGAAUGAAUUGUAACAAACGAAUGGAUUUCAAAGAGCAAUUGAAACAACAAGUUUCUCAAUUAGAAAAGAUUUUAGAGGAGGAUAGAAAAUCAAUGGAUUUGGUUUCGUUCGGAACGGUUGUAGAGCCUGCUGAUUUGGCAAAACAUCCAUUCUAUACUUAUGAUGUCAAGAUUUACAAGAUGGGAUGGGACGCUGAUUUUGAUGAACACGAAUUUGUUGAUGGAGCUAAGCAAGCUUUUCAAACAAUUAGAGAAUUGCUUAUUGAAGAUCCAUCUCAGUUAGAGCCCAUGUUUACACCUGAAUCCUAUGAAGGACUUCGAGAUUGGUACAAAUACAUUUCCGAAGAAAAACAUUGCAAAAUACACGGAAGCCUUGAUUCAAUAAGUGAAGCACAAAUAUUGAAUAUUAGAGUUGAUGCAGAGGGUGCUACAAUUGUUAAUGUGAGACUCAAAUUCAAAGAAACUCUCUACUUGGAAGAUGAAGAAGGUAACGUGGUAUCAGGAAAGAAAUCCCCUCAAACAAAGAUUGGAGUCAUUUCGUUUUUCAGGCCAGACAAGGAGACUGAUUGGCAAGUGAGAGCCAUUGUCAACCCCUAUAUUUUAACAAGCACACCUGAAAACGAUGCUUAA